UCCGUUGCGGGAAACCGGACAAAGUUAGCUGAGGACUAACUUAUGAUUUAACAUGGACUAGCAGAAGAAACUCUCAGCUACCGUUAUUAGCAUACUGUAAAUGAAUACUCUUUAAUAUUUUUUCGGUCUACACCCAGCAUGUACAAGAGAGUAGUAAGUGUAAAUGUCGUAAGGUUGUCCAGUGUUUUGGAAGUGAUUGAGUUGGCUAACGUUAGCUAGCCAGGCAGCUAACUGAAUACAAACAUAGCUGGAUAGGCAGCUAGCGGCUUAGCUCGCUUUAUCUUACCAGUUUAUAAGUAAGAGAGCCAUAUUAUUUUAUUUUUGGGGGUUCUUUUUUCACAAUGACUGAUAGUUUGCUUAAAGAGAGUCCUUUAUUAGUUGCACUCGAUAAGGAGAGAACUGUUUACGACGGAUUCAUCUCAGUGCAGGAAAAAGACUUCAGACUCAGAAUAUCUCUGCCCCCAGACCAUCAGCUGAAGCAGGCAAAGUUGCACUGUUGUUGGAAACUGAAACAGUUACUGAAAAAUUAUCAGGAUAUCGUAAAACAGAGGUUACAUCAUUCUUCAGAUUUGGUCAGUUUUAUUUUGGAGCUGAGGACAAUAUUGGAAGUGGCAUUGAAGAGCCAGCCAGGAUGGCUGUCCAUUCCACCACCUCAGUACUAUUCACAGCUCAUCACAGAGAUAGAGGAUCUAGGAUGGGAUAAGCUGCUCUUCAUCGAUACGGACUUCCAUACUCUUCAGCUGAGUGCAGAGGACUCCUCUGGCCGCCAACAUGCCAUUACGGUCAAGCUUAAGGCCCAAGGUGAUUACCCAGCUGAAGCUCCAGAAUGCUCUGCAGACCUCCCUGUCCCAUUGGCCAUUACAUGGACCCCACAGAGUACUCUGGCUCACAUCCACAGCCAGUUCUUGCUGAUUGUGGAGGCCUUGGCAGAGUUCUGGGCAGUGCUGGAUGAGAUAGAUGAGCACACUUGGGUGCUGGAACCUGAAAAACCCACCAGAGCAGACUGCAUGAGGAGGAUCGCCAUUGGAAACAGUGUCUCCAUAAAGCUCGAGAUUGACCCCAGACACCCCAAGAUGUUGCCGGAGUGCUGCCUGCUUGGAGCUGAGCAUGUGGUCACCCCCCUGAGGAAUAAGCUGAACGCUAACAUGCAUUUAUGGAACCCUGACUGCAGUGUUCUACAGAAUAUGAAGGAUGUUAUGGAGAUAGAAUUCCCGUCGCCUGCCACCCACGAAAAAUCUAGCUUCAGUGUGGAGUGUGGCAUCUGCUAUGCUUAUCGGCUGGAUUCGGCCAUCCCAGACCAGGUCUGCAAUGACCCACGCUGUGGGCAGCCAUUUCAUCAGGCCUGUCUCUAUGAGUGGCUGAGAGGUCUGCCCACGAGUCGCCAGAGCUUUAACGUUGUGUUUGGAGAAUGUCCCUACUGCAACAAGCCUAUCACAGUGAAAAUGGCCAUUCAGAAACCCUGACAUGCAACAGUGCUUUCUUUUCUGUGCAAAUGCUUCAGUUGUGUUUUUUUUUAAACCAGAAUCAUAAGAAAUAAUUAAU